UUUACUUCUUUUUCUGCCACCUCUUGAGUGAAGCGGUAACAUCUAGGAUCUAGGUAGAACUGGGAUCAGAAAAUACUGAUUUCUUUGAAUUGUGUAACAUAAAAUUAACUAUUGGAGAAAUUUUCUUUGAAAUGGGAAAAACUAAUAAAGCAAAUAGAACGAAAGGCAAUACUCGACCAUCAAGUAGUGGCCACAGUGCUGAGCUUCUUGGAGUGAGUGGACAAGCUCUAACUGGAUUCAUCGGUUUUGAUGCUCUUGAUAAAGACACUGCCAGUUAUGUUCCUGUUACUGGCCAGCAUGCGGCAGAAGCUGCAGACAGCUCUGUUGAUUCUGAUUUUCGAAUGGUUAUGAGAAAAAUGUUGAAAAGGGAUGCAGUAACAAGGCUAAAAGCUGUUCAAGAAUUUGGAGAACACUGUAUUGAAAAAGAAGUAGAUGUUGUGAAAAAUGUACUGCCCUUCUGGCCAAGAUUGUUUAAUAAAUUGGCAUUGGAUUCUGAUAGGCGUAUCAGAGAAGCCACACAUCAAGCAAAUGGUAAACUUUUAUCCAAAGUGAAACGUGAAAUGGCUCCGUAUCUCAAGAAUAUCAUGGGAGUGUGGUUGCUAGGGCAGUGUGAUUUGUAUGCACCUUCAUCCAGUGCAGCUCAAGCUGUUUUUUCUACAACAUUUCCUACAAACAAACAAUCAGAAGCUGUCCUCUUUUGUAAAAAUGAAAUAUUUUUGUACUUUAAAGAUAAUCUCUUUGAACAGACUGCAAAAACUAUGAGUGAUCCAAGUGUUGCCUCUGCUGAAGAUAUAGAAAAUAAAUACACUUUAGUCAUAUCUGCUACUUUACAAGCAUUGAAACUGUUCUUGUCUCUCAUACCAAAAAAGGAACUUUCCAACAUACAUGAUUCCUUUUAUUCUAUUGUUGCUGAGAAUAAAUUUUGGAAAUACGCCAAAAGUAAAGAGCCACCGAUUCGUGGAGCAUGGUAUUCAUUAAUUAGUUCCAUAUGUCAACUCAGACCAGAGCUUUUCAAAGAAAUGGAAAAGAAAUUGGCAACUACAGUCUUCAGUUGUCUAUCAGAAAGUGAUCCAAGUGUUGCUCCAGCUGUGUGGGAAUCAGCACUUAGCAUAGUCAUCAAUUUUGAGAAUUGUUGGCAAGAAAUAGAUGUCUACAAAGUUGCUCUACCACCACUUUGGAUCCUUUUGAAAGAAGGUGGUAAAGGCAAUGCCCGUGUUCUUUUUCCAUGUUUAUUGCCGUUCCUAAGCAAACUUCCUAAAGAAAUUUUAGAAACAGAAGAUUUUCUUAGGCAGUUUUUUUCAUGCUUCAGACAGAGUCUGACUCUUCCAUCAGUGAAGUCCUCUGCUAUAGAAUGUGAUGCAAUUUUAAUGGCUUUCUUUGAAUGCCUUCUGUACAUAUGCUGUUCACGUUUGGGAAACGAAAGCAUAGGUCCAAAGUUACUCAAAAAUGUUCUUAUAAAUGAGGUUUUACCUAUGCUAAAAUCAUCUUUUUACGAAGAAAACAAUUGCCAUCUUGCUACAUCCAAGUUAUACAUUUUUUUAGGAAAUUUAAUCAGAAAAUUAGAAUGCCUCAGUUGUAAUGAAAAUGAAAAAUUGUCUGAAGAUUUUAAAAAUAUUCUGAAUGAGUUUUGGGAAGAAGUGCUUCCAAUCACCAAUGUAUUAUUCAGUAUUGAAGAAAAGAAGAAAAUGUCAGCUUUGAUUUACUUAACUUUCUUUUUUAGUUGUAUUCUUCAACCUACUGAAUGUUCUGUUAAACGAAAAAAAGGAACUGUUCGAUUUAAAGAAGAAAAAGAUGAUGAUGAUAAACAGGAUGAAAAUGCCACUGAAGAAUGUUCCCUUGAUGUGAAAAUAUCAAGUAAUGAGUCGAUGGUUAUGAUUUCAGAUAAAAAGUCUCAAUCAUUUAAACACAUCUUAAAAUUUUGUAAACUUUUAUGUGAUAAACUUGAUGAAACUUGUCAACAUAGUUAUUUGCGGCUACUUGAAGAGCUUUUAGCAUCUGCGGCUAAUACAGACUUUUUAAUGGAGCUUAUAAAGAUUGUUUCUGAAUCGCACACAUUUGAAAACUCUGCCCUUAAUUUUGUGCAACAAGUUGUACUGCAGUGGAUAAAGAAAAUUAAUUCGGAUGUAGAAUGCCUGAUGUGUGCAUUCAACAUUAUUUUCAUCAUUUGUUCUUUCGUACCUGAAGAUAAAGCCAAAGACAUUCUCGACUGCUGUUCCAAAUUGUCUGUCUUGGAAGUGGAAUGCAUGAUUAAAACAGGCACUGGUAGAUACAGAGAAGCACGGUUUUUUAUAAAUUGGCUGAAAACUUCUUCUUGGUCUUCUGAUGUUGUUUCUGGCCUGCAACAGUUGGUUGAAGGAAAUCGAUUUUAUGGGGAUAAUUCUGCAAUAUUAGAGAUACAAAUGUAUCAAAGAUUAUUGAAAAUGUGCCAAGAAGAUGCUCUUGCAGAUAUCCUGGUUCCUGAAGAAAAUUUAAAAGAAAUCAUAAAAUUAUUGGGUAUUCUUCUUGAACAACUUUUUAAAAAAGAGAUGAAAUCUAAAAGAAUAGAUCUGGCAUUGUAUUUUAUCCAUGAUGUUUUCAUUUCAAUUCUAAAAAAUCCUGAGAUUUGCUGGAAGCUUGAAUCAGUAGAAAAUUUUGUUUAUCAGCUUUUCUGUGCAAGUUUACAUGAUACUGUUGAUUUAAAGAAUCAGGAUGAUGUAUCCCAGAUUUUAUUUGAGAUUCUGGAUGCCUUUGUUAGCUCUUAUUUGCAAGCAAAACACCAAAUCAUGAAUGAAGAGAGUAUAAUUUUCAAAAUAGGAAAAGAAUUAAAUUCUUCCAUUCAUUCUCUCGAGUCACAAGAAGAGGCUUUAUGUGUUGAAAAGCAUUGUUUGUUCUUCCUUACAUCUGUAGAAAAGUAUAUGUCGAUCCACAAGCCACAUCUUCACUCUACAUUCUUUAUAUCUUAUAAACUUAUGGAUGUCAUUUUGCCAUCAACAGACUCAUGGAACUCUUUGAAAUCCAAAUUGACAAUUAACAUAGCACCCUUGUAUUUGAAGAAAAAGAUAUUUUAUCCUUUGGCAACAGAAGAAAAAAUGUUUUACCCAGAAGACAUUGUUCUGAAAUUCAAUCUUGCAGCUAAUGUUGUUUCUAGCAUUUUAUGCGAUGAAAGUAUCAUGUCUAAAGAUGGUGAAGAGAAUACAAAAUUUCUUAUGCAUUAUAUCAAUGAGCAUUUUGCACAUCUUUUAUGGUGUUUGACCUUUAAUAAUGGAAUAAAAACAACUACGAUAGCUGAUGGCAAUUCACUUGUGGAACAGUUGCAAGAGAAGUGUUUGAAAAUGCUCUCAGUUUUAUCUAAUUGUGCCAUUGAACAGUUGAAACAAAAGUUAUUUGAUAUGUCUCUUUUAGAUGAAAAUUGGGCUCUUUGUUUAAUGACCCUGUGUGAAAUAUUUCCUUCAUGCAAUCUCAAAAAUAUUGCUGAUAAAAAGUUUGAUAAGGUCUCAAAAGAGUGGCCUGGUUUGCAUAAAUAUGUUGUUCGUCAAGUAUUGAUACAUCAUUUAUCAAUGGAAGAAAAAAAAUCUCAUUUGAAAGAACUGGUAACUGACUUAAUGAAAAUGAAGGAUCUAACUGAUUUUAAUGUACCUGGCAAAAUGGGAGAACUCUGCUGCUACUUACAAGACAAAAGCAUGAUGGUGUUCCUUGAUGUUCAAAACUGCCUUAAAACACUCUUUGAAAGGAUCAUACAGUUUGAUUUCACUGACUGUGAUCGUCUGGAGUAUACAUAUCGGUUACAGAUGAUACAUGUUCUCUCCUGUGAAAUACAGUAUGGAUUCUGCAUUAUAAGUCCAACCAUUUGGGAUUAUUUCAUUGAAUUACUCCAAAAUACACUUCCGAAAUGCCAUGCCAAGACUAAUUAUGAUAAACCAAAGAGCGCAUUGUUGUUGUAUCAAGUGAUUGUUAUUUUCAUAUCAUUGUCGGAGCUACUGAAAAUGAUUCAAGUUAAUCAGCCUGACAUUGAUCCUAAUUGGAAUCCAGAACCUAUAUCUGAUAAGACAUAUGCAAGUAUGCUCAACUUAUUUGGUGCUGUUUCAGAAUAUUUCAAUUUUGCCAAAUCUUUACCAGAAGUUACAGAAAUGGUCUUGUCUAAAUUUCUGGAAGCUUUAGAGUUUAUUCCUAUGGACAACCUUUUAAUCAAAUGUCAGGAUAUGAAAACACAAUAUGUUUUGAACUUUUAUCCUCGGAAGUUUAUUCCUCGUUCUUUGUUGUUAAUGAAAUCUCCUGUGCGGCAAGUACAGUUUGCCGUUCAUAUCUUAUUUCUGAAAAUGAUGCCUGUAAUUCCCAAAAUUGCAAGUGAGAGAGAUAUUUCUAAAGAAAGACGUGAAGACGAGACAGAGGAGGAAGAGGAAGAAAUAACAAUACCUAAAAUGUUAGAACCAUUGCAUAGAAUGAUAAAAUACCUGACAGAUCUAGUUCAGAGUAUGCUGUUGGAUGUUAAAAUUGGCGAUUUGUGUAUUGUGGUGCCGCAGACAGAUUCAUAUAUAUUUGCCAUGGGAUAUCUGUUGGCUUGGAUAGAGUUACUGGAAUUCAUUUCUGCAUCUCCAUCGCAGAUUCGAUUGGGCUAUGCAACACAUUUAGAAGAAUUGGGUCUUCUUUCUCCCAUGUUUUCAAAUGUGUUUCGCUUCAUGCCAGAAAAUCCCAUUCUUUGUUUGAAAAAAGGAUUGAAAUUGGAAUCUCCCAAGAAAGAAGAUUUGAAACUUUUAUUCAUCAAACCACCUCAGCUAAAUUCAGUUCCUCCAUCAUCUGAAGAAAUUCAGAGUAUAGCAUGUUAUGUGUUUGCCACUGCUUUACGAACUGUUCCAGCAUCAAUUAGACAGUGGUGGAAUAAUUUAGACCGAAAAUCAGCAGACAUUGUUAAUGCUUUUACUUCCAAAUAUGUGAGUGGUCUGCUUUGCACUGCAGAAAUCCAGGCAGUGCACGAAAAUGAAAAGCAAUUUGAAAACCUGAUGGUUCAAGCUCGCCCUGGUUCAAGAGAAGUCAUUGCCACCUACACUAUUGAUGAUUGUGCAAUUGAACUGUGUGUUCAGCUCCCUACUAAUUACCCACUGGGCCCUAUAUCAGCAGAACGAAGAGGAAAAGUGGUCAUUGGCCAGCAGGAAUGGAGACACUGGCUAAUGCAAUUAACUACUGUCUUAACAUAUCAGAAUGGUUCUAUUUUGGAUGGUUUAACGAUCUGGAAGCGAAAUCUUGAUAAGAAAUUUGAAGGAGUGGAGGAAUGCAUGAUUUGUUACUAUAUCUUACACAGCUCAACAUUGAAGUUGCCGAAGUUGUCGUGUCAUGUGUGCCGGAAGAAAUUCCAUUCUGCCUGUUUGUACAAAUGGUUCCGUACAAGCAACAAUUUCACCUGUCCACUGUGUAGAAAUGAAUUUGCCAUGUAAUAAUUUAUUAACUUGAACAUUAAUGUGUAAAAAGAAAUGUAAAUAAAAAUUUUAUUGAUGAUUUAAAAAAUUA